UAGUUAGCAUUGAAUUGGGUGAUUGGGAGAGUGUUUUCUGUGAGUGAGAUAUCCCCCCUGACCGCCAGGAAGCAGUGUGGGCGCCUCCCCGCUAGCAGACGUCUCUCUUACACCACUACAACACUUUCCUGUCUAUCUUAUCAUUAUACUCUUAGUUGUAAACACCAGAGAGUUUACAUCCAGGUGUAACAGAUGAUACAACUUGGAGCCCACAGCACGCAUGAUUUAAAACAAAAUAGGGGAAAGGCAAGGUGGACCUUCGAACACACUUUAUCCGUCUUAUAAACCCUGAGGAAGACAGGACGCGGAGGCAAUCUUUGUGGAAACUUAAGACCUACAGGACCACCUUCCUGCUGGUUAUCUUGUAGUUCCUGUUAUCUGGUGGUGACGAGGUCUGUCAUACCAGCCCACGAGGGCGUGUGUUCCCACCAUGUCCCCUGCUCUAACACAGCUCCACACAAGUUGAAUUACUGAUCCUGCCCAGGAUGCACCCCCUCAACAAGCUGACUAACUCCCUGGGUACCUAUUUGCUGCUAGGUGACAGGAAAUGCACUCGACGAUUUCUGUCCUGCCAGGGAUCUAAACCUGGAAUUCCUGAUUGCGGCUCUUGAAAUGCAUGAGGAUCCUGUUCCUGGAAGCACCAUGUAAACACAAUUUUGGAAAAAUUAAGCUUGAAGGUAAAAUAUAUGGAAAAAUAAGAUGGCAGAGGAUAGCAAUAUUAAUCUGGCUAAAGAUGUUAAAUCUAGAGAAGAUGAAUCACUUCAUAAAGAGGAAAUUGAAGGAAGUGAUAAUGCAAUAGACGAUGAAGAAAAUGAAAAAUAUGAUAUAUUCAGCUGUAAAGGGAUGACAGGUAAUUGCGUCACCGCAGACUGUGUGGGAAAUGUAGAACAAGAAAAGUGUGUGAAUAUUGUGAAUCAAAAUAAAUUAGAUUGCAUAAACAACAGUGACAAGGUAAUAAAUUUAAACAACAGUGAACAAAGUGAUGAAAUAUUGUCUGGUAAUAAAGGUGUCGUAACUGUGCACGGGUGCGCUCAGGAAGGCUAUGCGAAGAGUUUUUGUAGCCCUGAACGUCUUGCUGAGCAUCAAACAACACACAGUUCUGAGAUAGCAAAAGAAAACAAUGUAAGCAUAACUAUAGAAGUAGAACCUGUAGCUGUAUAUGAAAGUGAUGAAGAGGGUGAUGAAUCAUAUUCUAAAGAGGAAACUGAUACAAGUGACAGUACAAAAGAAGGAAGUGAAAUUGAUGAAAUUAACACCUGUGAUGGGAUGACUGACGAUUAUGUCACUACAAAGGCAGUGAAAAGUAUAAACCAAGAAAUAGAAGUGAAUAGUUGUAAGAAAAAUAUAAUAGAUUAUAUAGAAAGCAAUGAUACAGUACUAAAUAUUACCACCAAUAAAAGACGUUUGGGUAUAUCCAGUGGUAAUAGAGGUAGCCUGAUUGUGCAUGCAUGUACGUAUGAAGGUUGUACAAAGGCAUUUUGUAGACCCAAUCUCCUUGCUCAGCAUCAAAGAACACACACUGGUGAGCGCCCGUAUGUGUGCCCUGUAGCAUGGUGCUCACGGUCAUAUACUCGACAACAACACCUCAAGAGGCACAUGGAAACGGGACACCAGGAGAAAAAGUCUGAAGAGAAGUUAAAAUGUGACAAAUGUGAAAAAUUCUUCAGUAACGUUUACUCUUUAAAGAAGCAUCACUUCCGAUAUCAUGUGCGUAAUCUGUUUAAGUGUGAUAGUUGCGAUCAGACCUUCAAGAACCAGCAGCAUCUAUAUACGCACUCCUAUGUGCACACGGGUAUCAAACCAUUCAAAUGUGACUUCCCUGGGUGUGAUGUAAGAUGUGAAGCUCCUAGUCGUCUUAAACGUCACAAGAGGGUUCAUGAGAAAAAUCGCUAUUCCUGCCCUCGAGAAUCCUGCGGAAAAACAUUUGAUGAAUAUAAGGACCUGCAACACCAUCUUUCUGUUGGUCACCCUAGAGUGUGUGAUAUUUGCAGCAAAUCCUUUCAAACACUCCAACAACUUAAAACACAUCGAUUAACGCAUAAAAAUGAUAAAGUGCCUUAUUACUGCCCUGUUGCAACGUGUGAUAAAUAUCUCCCAGACCUCCCUCGCCCUCGGCGACGCUGUGUUGCCUUGAGGAGAUUGACAUCUACCCGAUGUCCACGUCUGCUUCAUACCGGGUCUUCUGCUCCUUGCUGCUGCCUUGUCGGAUACUUCUACCAAAAACAAAAUUUAAAGGCACAUAUUGCGGUCAAACAUGACCAGUCGAAGAUCUUUGAGUGUGGUGUUUGCAGCAGGCGGCUUUCCUCCAAGCAAAAGUUGAUGCACCACACAAAAACUCAUACCCCAGGUUACAAGCGGAACUAUUCUUGUACCCCAGGGAAGCCUCGCAAGCCUCGUAAAGACAAAGGUGUUCUGCGUAAAGAUGUCAAUCGUUAUUUAUCUGUGUACUAUAGUGAUGAUGAGUCUAGAGAAACGAAGGAUUUAGAAGGCAAUACAAAUGACAAAACUAUAGAGGAACCUCAGUGUCAAACCAAUCUUAAUGUAAACGAAGAAAUUAGUCAUGUUUCUGUAGAAGAGAUGAAUGUAAAAAAUAUGUGCCAAGCAAGUAUUGAAGCCACAGUAACUUCUUAACUGUUGAACUUUUGAUUUACCUGAACUUUAGUUUAUAUUAAUAAUUUUUUUUUAAUUUAUAUAAAAAAUCAAAGGGAAAGGAGUACGACCUCUGGCUGGAAGAAGGGGGACCCAUAGCCUCGGAGGAAACCACACAUAACGCAUUAGAGGGAAUGUAGGUCCCCUCCAAUACAGUUUCUGUGUGCUUUUCUCCUAAUAAUUGUAUGUUAAAUGUAUAUUAAUAAUUGUAUGUAAAAUAAUUCCUUGUUAAAUGUUUUACACCUGCUAUGUUGUGUAUAUGGUAUAGUUGUGUACAGUAUAGUCAUUUGAGCAGUACUGGGAUAUUAGUGUAACAAGCAGAUAGAUUAUUUUAUUUAUUCAGUACUGAGGCAAUUCAUAUUAUGUAUGUAAAUAGUUCAAAAAUAUUUUUAAUUGUAUAUAUAUUUUUUGUUGUCAUUUUCAAGAUGAGCAUGAAAGUUGUAGCAGAAAUUUCGCAGAAUUUUGGGAGCAAGUGAUUUCAAAUAUAGUGCCUAAUCUAUUACCUGUGAGUCAGAAUAUGUAUCUGUCAGAGCAACAAUAUGAGUAAUGUGCCAGAUAAAUUACCAAAAAUACUAAGUACAGUAUCUAAAAUGGCCAGAUUCCUACAAUUUUGGUUGAAUAUUUUAUCAUACUGUUAAAUUUUUUCCAGAUAAACGAUUAAAAGGAGCCAAAGUUUCAAAUAUUAUUAUUUUUAGAUGUGGCAUUGGCAAUCAGGUAGCUGAUUAGUUUUCUUAUUGGGUCUUUCCCCUAAAGACUACAGGGUGUCCACAAAUUAUUCUCCCCCAAUUAUCACCUACAUUUUGACUUGUUAAUUAAAGAUAGUCACACCACUUCCUAUUACUUUAGGUAAUAUUUUACGAUUUUACAACUUCUGAAACAUGUAAAAAUAUAAACGCUUUCAUAUAUUAAAGCAUCUAUGUAAGUAAUGUCCAGUAUUUCUAUGGUGUUAAACAAUAUCAUCUAAAUAUGUGCUCAUCAUCAAUCAUCGUAAAUUAUCACCCAUUAAUCACCACCACCUUGUUUCUGCACAUGCAUGUGAUGAGGAGGCACUUGUUGGUAUAGGAUAGGUAUAAUGUGUUAAAGAUGUUAUGAGAAAAAGUGGGUCCUUUAUAAUACCUUCCCCACUCAAUAGCAUCAUAGGGAAAAAUAGUACAAGUAUAAUUUUUAAAAUAGCAGCAGCCAUAUCUCAGCACUUUUGUAGAUUAAGUGUAAAAUACAGCUUGUGAAUUGCUGCAAAUAAAAUUCCUUUCAUUCCUUACUAGCAAAUUGCUUUUACUCAUUCUGCUUACUAUGUGUACAGUGUUUGCAUACCGCAUUACUUAACAAGCUCACUCUCCAUAUCUGCCCAUCAUUCACAUCUGCCAUCUUCCCUCCCUGCAGUUUUAAUAUAAAGUAUAUUUUAUUCUUUCUAUCUCUGUGGAGUCCCUUGGCAGCUCCAUGAAGCUAUCACAAAACUGUCAGUAGUUUCAAAGCGUUAUACGACAAAGAGUGCUGGGAAGACGGGACACCACGAGUGUACCUCUCAUCUUGUAACUACACUUAGGUAAUUACACUAAUAUUGCGCCAUACUAAAUGUCAUAUCAAUUGUGAGAAUUCUUGCUUAUCCUACUGGGGACCAGAGCCAGAACCUUGACCCCCUCACAUAGGUACAAGAAGCAAGUGACAGCUCGCUACUCUACCAACACAGCGUUAGACAAAUGAAGGCUUUGUGAAAAAUGAAGCCUCAAUUGCUGAACAACUCAGCAAAUGAAGCACACAGUACACACAAAUAAAGUACAAUCAAGAUUAGAUGGAUGAAUAAAAUAUUGAAUGUUAUAUAUAUUAAUGUAAAAUAUAUAGUCAUAAAAUAUAACGAACAGAUAAAAGUUUAUGAAAAGUUUGAAAUAAGUGACAUUUGAGCAGACCCAUCAAUGUAAGCAUAGUGCUCAUGAGGCUGUAAAUUAUCUUUUAAGGACUUUAUAGUUUCAAGUAUUAUUGCUUUAAGGAGUACAGGGUUUUCCUUGCUCUUUUUGCUGCUGGGCAUGUAAGAGACUUGUAUUUUAUGGUACAGAUAUAAUGAAAUAUCAUUAAUGAGUACGUUGCAUCUAAUAGGAAUAUUCAGUUUGAUGAAAUUGGGCACACUUCAUCUCAACCAGUUUGCAUACAGGUAGCUCGCUAGUGCAUUGGCAACACAUUCCCUACCUACAAAAAGCACUAGUCAGUUUAUCUCUUAAGUAGUACCAGUGAUGUCGAAUCUCUCAUGACCCUCCAGGAGGCCUGGUCGACGACCGGGCUGCGGGGACGCUAAGCCCCGGAAGCACCUCAAGGUAACCCUGACACAGAAGAUUGUGUUGAGCUGUUCAAUUCUUCCACAUAUAGUUGGAAGUUUCAGCUCCUCCCUCACAUUGAUGAUGCUUUUGCAUCUCCAAGAAUUAACCUUUUGGCUUCAUUUUAAAUUUUUCUAAAGCUUUCAGCUGAGUGUUUGGUCGAUUUAUAAGGUGUAUGGCAUGUUAGUCAACUAGGGAUCUAAUGAACAUCAUGUAGAACAUUCUGGCAUAUUAAACAUUAAUACCAAUGUACUUUCCAAAGAGUGUAUUUAGAGGUUUUAGUCUUUCAUUAAGCCUAAGCUGUAGUUCAUUUACAAUAUCAAUGUUAAUAUUCACAUCCAAAGUAUUUGUGUUGCCAGCAGUUUUCAAUGCACUUUUUCAUUGACUUUUAAAAACAAAGGAAGUUUUUUUGGGGGGAAACUGACUGUAACCGAAAUAGUUAUGUACGAUUCGAUCUGAUGCUUCUGCAUUUACCGGCACUCUGCAACCUAACCUCAGGGUUCUCCUUGUCAUGAUGCUGUCAUACCAUACAUCAACCAUUGCUGUAUCCAUUUACAUCAAAUAUACAUCUCGUUACCA